AUGGACAUAUCUAGUGAUAUUUCUAAUACUGUUGAAGAAUUAAUUAACAAUAAUUCCAACGAAACGAGCAUUGGUGCACCAGCAAAUACAUUACAAGAAACUGCCUCGAGUAUAAAUGAAGAUUCUCAAAAUAUUGCAACUAAGGCAUACGAAUUUAAAAACUUAACAAUUCGUGCAUCAUCGGAUGCUUAUAAAACUGUAGCACAUCCAUGUCAAUUAAUAUGUAGACAGAGUCGAUUAAUUGAUCGUAAUAUGGAAGGACUACGAAUUAAAGUAAAGAAUGUUAAAGUAACAUGGUUUGAUGGUAUGUAA